GGCUCUGCGUUCUGGACUGGCGCUGCUUGGGCCGGUGGCAGGUUGCGGGCUGCUGGUGUCGGGCUGAGGAGAACCGCGAGUGUGUUGGGCAUUUCGCGUCGGGAUCCGCGCAACUAUGAGCGCUGCCAGGGAGUCUCACCCACACGGGGUGAAGCGUUCAGCCUCCCCAGACGACGAUCUUGGAUCUAGCAAUUGGGAGGCAGCAGACUUGGGCAAUGAAGAACGAAAACAAAAAUUCUUGAGACUUAUGGGUGCAGGCAAGAAAGAACAUACUGGUCGUCUUGUCAUAGGAGAUCAUAAAUCAACAUCUCACUUCCGAACAGGGGAAGAGGACAAGAAAAUUAAUGAAGAACUGGAGUCUCAAUAUCAACAAAGUAUGGACAGUAAAUUAUCAGGAAGAUAUAGACGACAUUGUGGACUUGGCUUCAGUGAGGUAGAAGAUCAUGAUGGAGAAGGUGAUGUGGCUGGGGAUGAUGAUGAUGAUGAUGAUUCACCUGAUCCUGAAAGUCCAGAUGACUCUGAAAGUGAUUCAGAGUCAGAAAAAGAAGAAUCUGCUGAAGAACUCCAAGCUACUGAGCACCCUGAUGAAGUGGAAGAUCCCAAAAACAAAAAAGAUGCAAAAAGCAAUUAUAAAAUGAUGUUUGUUAAAUCCAGUGGUUCAUAACUCCCAAACACUUAGUCUUUGUAUUAAAAGUAAGCCUUAUUGUUAUAAUGCACAGUGGAGGACUGCUUAUAGAGCACAGACCUUUGUAUUAUAAUUUUUAAAAAGGCCCUUUUAAAUAAUUACAAAGUGUUUGCUUUCAAAUGCCAUUCGUUACACUUUUAUGGGCAUGACUAUAACCAUUUUGUAAAGAGUAAGAGUUGUAUAAAAUAAAUAAAUACAGUACUCAACUUCCUUUAA